UCCUAUGUCCGCCUUCUCGAGACUGCAUUUGCGAUCCAAGAUUUGACCGUUUCGUUCUCUACAAACAAUAACCUACGUCCAUUGGCUCUUCUGUGUCAUCGAUCCAGGUAUACCAUCGAGACUAUUCUUCUGUAUCCUAGCGACCGCCGUCCUUUCUUUGCUCAUCUUCUGCUGCAACCAUGGGAGACGUCCUUGUUGACAAUCCGGUCCAUACUAUUCCGCCUCACAAGAAACCACCUGUAACAGAUUCGAUCCCGGAUAUCGACUCUUUAGAAGGAGCUGGAGCAGAUGGCGGUGAUGAAUACUCUACGUUGAAGAGACUACAGCGACACUUGGAGUACAUCAAGCUGCAAGAGGAAUAUAUCAAGGAUGAGCAGAGGUCUCUCAAACGAGAACUGGUGCGUGCGCAAGAAGAGAUCAAGCGGAUACAGAGCGUUCCGCUUGUGAUCGGCCAGUUCAUGGAAGCCAUUGAUCAAAACACUGGCAUUGUCCAGUCCUCGACAGGCUCCAACUAUGUUGUCCGCGUCCUGUCUACCCUUGACCGUGAGAAGCUCAAACCAUCCUCCUCCGUUGCCCUCCAUCGACAUUCCAACUCACUUGUGGAUAUUUUACCGCCCGAAGCCGACUCUUCAAUUGCUAUGCUUGGUGCGGAUGAGAAGCCCGAUGUGACAUACGCAGAUGUGGGAGGACUAGAUAUGCAAAAGCAAGAAAUCCGAGAAGCAGUCGAGCUGCCCCUGACACAUUUUGACCUAUACAAACAAAUUGGUAUCGAUCCCCCGCGAGGUGUGCUGCUCUACGGACCUCCGGGCACAGGCAAGACGAUGCUGGUGAAGGCGGUAGCCAACAGCACAACUGCAAGCUUUAUCCGAGUGGUAGGAUCAGAGUUCGUCCAGAAAUAUCUUGGUGAAGGACCUCGAAUGGUGCGAGAUGUUUUCCGCAUGGCCCGAGAGAACUCGCCCGCCAUCAUUUUCAUCGAUGAAAUCGAUGCCAUUGCAACCAAGCGAUUUGAUGCUCAAACUGGUGCCGACAGAGAAGUGCAACGCAUUCUUCUGGAAUUACUGAAUCAAAUGGACGGCUUUGAUCAGACCAGUAACGUCAAGGUCAUCAUGGCAACCAACCGAGCAGAUACCCUGGAUCCUGCGCUUCUUCGACCUGGACGUCUGGAUCGAAAGAUCGAAUUCCCUUCACUACGAGAUCGACGAGAACGUCGGCUGAUUUUCUCCACCAUAGCCAGCAAAAUGUCUUUAUCACCCGAAGUCGAUCUGGACUCUUUGAUCGUGCGUAAUGACCCGUUGUCUGGGGCCAUUAUUGCAGCAAUUAUGCAAGAGGCAGGAUUGAGAGCGGUACGCAAGAACCGUUACAACAUUAUUCAGGCCGAUUUGGAGGAUGCCUACUCGAGUCAAGUCAAAGGAGCACAAGAAGCCGACAAAUUUGAUUUCUACCGAUGAUGUAUUUGCCGACAAACUGCCAUAGCUUUUCGGCAAGCAGGGGCCUUGGGAUUGCUGCAAGGCUGCGGCGGCGUGGGGGCUACUCGGCGUUUACAGAUGUGAAAGCAUACAACUACUCGAGUACCGGGCCUUGAGAAGACAUUCAGACGUGUAGCAUCCGAAUCCAAAAUGAUCCUUGCAUGUGAAUUGGCUUGAACCUCUACUCGUAC